CACCACCAGCAACAACACCACCACCACCACCAGCACCAACACCCCGGACGCGUACGUGCGCGUUCGCGCCGCUCACACUUCGGCGGCGGGCGCGUGCCCUGGAAAAUUCCACUCCCGAGCUAGCUCCGCCCUAUGCACCUCCUUUCCGGCCCCAGGCUUUUUACUGUCUCCAUCCCGGCUGCCUUUGCGUGAGCAAAAUGGCAGUCACCGUGCCGCGGGGUUUGUCUCGCUUAUCCAGGGCUUUAGGAUGGUGGUCUCGGCAGCCAAUCCUGGUGACUCAGUCCACAGCAGUAUUUCCAGUGAGAACUAAAAAACGUUUCACACCCCCUACUUAUCAACCCAAAUAUAAAUCAGAAAAGGAGUUCGUAGAAUAUGCCCGGAAAGCAGGACUGGUCAUUCCUCCAGAACGUUUGGAGCGUCCCAUACAUCUGGCCUGUACAGCUGGUAUCUUUGACGCCUAUGUUCCUCCUGAGGGUGAUGCCCGAGUGUCAUCUCUUUCUAAGGAAGGACUGGCACAGAGAACUGAGCGAUUGAAGAAGAAUGUGGCAUCACAAUUAUCAAUCCGGAGGAUAAGAGAAAGUGAACCUAAUUUUAAAAUAAAGGACUUCCCUGAAAAAGCCCAAGAUAUCUUCAUUGAAGCUCACCUGUGUCUAAACAA